AUGUCCUCCCCCAAGAAAACAGUCCUCAUCACCGGCUGCAGCGCCGGCGGCAUCGGCUUCGCCCUCGCCCAAGAGUUCCAAUCCCGCGGCCUCCACGUCUUCGCCACCGCCCGCGACCCCUCCAAGAUGUCCGCCCUGCAAGACGAGCCCGACAUGACCCUCCUCGCCCUCGACGUGUCCUCGCCGCCGUCCAUCGCCGCCGCCGUCGCCGCCGUCAAGGCCCACACCGGCGGCACCCUCGACUACCUCGUCAACAACGCCGGCGCCCUGUACGUCACCCCCGUCCUCGACGGCGACGUCGCCCGCGCGAAAGCCCUCUUCGACGUCAACCUGUGGGGCGUCGUGAGCCUGACCCAGGCCUUUGCCCCGCUCGUCGUCGAGGCGAAGGGCUGUGUGGCGAACAUCUCGUCCAUCGCCGGCAUCAUGUACGCCCCGUACUACGGCUUCUACGCCGCGUCCAAAUCCGCGCUGCAGACACUCGGCGAGACGCUGCGCCUCGAGCUGCAGCCCUUCGGCGUCCGCGUCAUCACCGUCGUGUCGGGCGCGGUCGAGAGCAAGGUCUUCAACAACGGCGUGCCGCUGCGCCUGCCCGCAGGCUCGCUCUACCGCCCUGCCGAGAAGGAGAUCGCGGCGCGCGCUGCCGGCGCCGACAUCGAGAAGAACCACAGCACGCUCGAGGAGUAUUCGCGGGCGCUGGUGAGCGAUUUCCUGGGCGGCAAGGAUGGGAAGGUGUAUCGCGGGUGCAUGUCGACUCUGGUGCGGGUGCUGGCGGCGUGGUCGCCGGCCUGGCUGUUUGAAUGGUUUUCUUGGCGGGGCACGGGUCUCGAUAAAGUGGGGAAGCCGAAGCAGUUGUAG